AUGGAGCAAUUGCGAGUCAGCCAUAUGAUGUACGGCUUACUUGUCCAACAACAGAGCGCCCUGAAUCGUUUGGAGAAAAGUAGGGCAACGAACAGCAACGUCCUGGGGGUAACGGUGAUCAACCAAUCUAGUCCUUCGUUUAACCCAACCUUUGCUCAGGCCCAAAUAUUUGGGCCCAGAGCUUUGCGGAAGCAAUCAAAUCAGCUUGCAAAAAAUUCUACCAAGCUUUUACCAUGGACUGCACGAUUUAACCAGUGGGGCGUUUCCGGUCAAUUGACCAUGCUACCUAAAGAUGAGUCCACCAGUUAUCGAGCUAUCGUGCACGUCUCGGUACUUAGCAAGACAUAUUCCCUCCAAAUGAAAGUGGUUCUGCCAGGGUUUGCUUUUGAUCGAAUGUUAUACGUUCGCAACAUCGUUCCUAAGGAUUGCGCAAUGGUCAUCGCAUGCAAGACAGGCGAUUUCGAUUCAGUCCACCGACUACUAGAGCGCGGGGAAGCGCAAGGGAGUGAUAUUACACCUGGCGGUUGGCCGAUGCUCGAUUAUGCCAUCAAAAGUGGUUCUACACGGCUUGUUCGCCUACUCCUCGAGUAUGGAGCAACUCCCAACCUAGCAUACGGCGAACAUAACAUGACGGCGAUACAGUCUGCCUUUCUUCAUGGGCACCUGAAUAUAGGAAGGGUAUUGCUGAACCAAGGUGCAGACAUUGAGCACAUCGAUAGUGAUGGCUUUUCGAUCAUCUCGUACCUUUGGGUAGUCGACAAGCCUUUGGAGAAGUCAGCCGAAUUUAUGCGCUUUUGUCUCGCCAACGAUUUUGGUGAAGUCAACACAUGCGAUAGCCGGGGCUGGUCAGCAUUUCACCGAGCGGCCGCCAUCGGUACAUCGGAUGACGUUGAGACGUUCUUGAGACUUGGUGCAUCGCUUGAGCUGAGAACGCAAUGGUAUGGCUGGACGGCGCUCUUCUUCGCGGCAUCUCACGAUAACCUGGACACAUUCCAGACCAUCCUUCGAUACUCAGAGCCGGACGUGUACGAGUCUUUGGAUGGUGACGGGUGGACACUUCUCCAUUGCUGCAUUUACUUUGGGGCUCCACGAAUCAUGAGACUAUGCCUGCAAAAUGGUACGAACAUCAAUCAAUUGUCUCUCCCAUCACCACUGCCGGAAGACCCAGAACUCUCAUACAGAGAGCUGUCUCCAAGCGACAUUGCGCUUUACAUCGGGCCAAAUCGAUAUCGAAUGUUCAUGGAAGCCCUCGUCGAAACUGGUCGUCAUGCAGAUCUACAAGGUAUAGACGAGGAGAUGUUCUGGGAGGCAGCUCCUAACACUGGAGAGGCUGAGGUCCCUCGCUGGAUCUAUGGCGCCGAGGAUGUAGAUGACGAUCGAUGGACACUGCUACACUGGGCAUCAUAUAACGGCUCUUCCAAGGUGAAGAAGCUAUUGCUGCUCAAAGGCAUUGAUCCAGAGCACAUGGACGCCGUCACAUUGGAAGAGAAUCCAACCUUCUUACCCAAAAGCCCUUUUGAGAAUCGUUAG